UACCAAUAACAGUGACAGGUGGGGAACACAGCCUAGGCCAACCAUUGCAAAACCCCUCAGGCAUGCCCUGGACGCAUACAUAUAAUUCAACAAAUCACAAGCUGGCUGUCCAGGGAUACCCAUAUUCUUUGACCGCCAAGGCAUGAGCACAUCUCGAAACCAUCGAACCAUAAUCAACGUCCUCGCCAAGAAGUUCGCUCUUCAAAGACCAACAAUGGAGUCACCUCAGAAGCAAAAGCUUGUGGUCGUUGCUUCGAACAACAUCCCCAAAAUCAAAGCAACCCGCGAUGGCUUCACACAAAUGCUUCCAGACUCUUAUGACUUUCGAGGCAUAAGCGUAGACUCCAACGUUUCAGACCAGCCCUUCUCAGACGAAGAGACUCUGCGUGGUGCAACAAAUCGAGCACAGAACGCUCAAGCAGCCAGAAUAGAAGCUGAUUUCUGGGUUGGCAUCGAAGGCGGUGUUGAAACUCACAAUGGCUCAAUCUGCUCUUUUGCUUGGAUUGUUGUUUUUGGAAAAGAUGGGAAGGUCGGCAAGGCACGGACUUCGGCGUAUUUUCUACCGGAGAGGACUUGUCAAUUGCUGAAAGAGGGUGUUGAGCUGGGACACGCGGAUGAUAUGGUAUUUGGACAGACAGAUUCAAAGAACAAGCAGGGCUCGGUUGGGCUAUUGACCGGUGGUGUUGUUGACCGAGCUGCGUAUUAUACACAGGCCGUCAUUCUGGCCCUGAUACCAUUCAGGAAUGCUUCUUUGGACUUUUGAUAGGUUCAUUUUCAUAUUGAGCACUCAAGGCUCUCAAGGAAAAAAUCGCAAAUAAUUUUAUACUUCUAUAAUGCCAUACAUGACGGACACUCCAUCUCACUUCUGGAGUCCAGUCAAGGGUAUACAUUCUUGCAGAGGAAAACACUCUUAUUAGCCUGCCCAUAAG